AUGAACAACAAACAUAUUGAGUGUGUAGAAAUGCAUGGACAACAAUCUUCACUUGAACUUCAAUCAAUAAAUAAUUUAAAACAGUUAAUAAUAGAUGGGAUUAAUGAAAUAAAAAUAAAUGAAAAGAAUGAAGAACAGGGAAUUACUACAACUAAUAAAAGAAGAUAUUGGAAAGAAAUACAAGAGAAUAUCUACACAUUCCAAAAUCUUGAAUUACUUCGAUUGAACUAUUGCUCUAAUUUAAAUGUUAGUUUAAUAUCAAAUAAAUUAAAGAGUAUUGAAGUAAUCAAUUGUAGAGAAUGUAAAAUUAAUAUUAAAUCAGAUUGUAUUGAAAGAUUGAAAUUAGAAAGAAAUAAACAAACACAAAUCAAAUUAUCAACAAAUAAAUCAAACAAUAUUUGUAUUAAAGAAUGUGAGAAUUUCAAAUUUGAAAUAGAAUCUAAUAAUGAACAAAAUAUUGAAAUAUUAGAAGGAAAACAGAUUAAUGUAAAAUCAAAAUGUCCAAUCAAUAAACUGAUAGUAUCACAAUCUAAACAAGUGAAUAUUACAGGAAAUGAAAGAUGUAAUACAAUGAAAGUUAUUGAAUCUACAAUCAAUGAAAUUGAUGUUAAACCAAAAAGAAUUAUAUUUAAAUCAAUUGAAGAAUACAUUAAAGUACCUCUGAAAGAAGCAGAAGAGAUAUAUAUUGUAUCAAUGAAAGAUUAUAUCUUUGAAGAAUUAUUUGAUAAAUGUAAGAAAUUAUGUAUUGAUGAAUGUGAGAAUUGUCAAUUCAUAAUCAACAAGAAUCAAAUCAAAGAAAUGAAAAUAACAAAAUGUAAAAACACAGAAAUCACAGGGAAGUUAGAUAAUAUUGAAGAAAUCAUCACAAUAGAUAAUGAAGAAUGUAAUAUUCCAGAAACAAAGAAUGUUAUAAAAGAAGAUACAGAAAUAAUAGAAAUAAAUAAUACAAAUAAAGAUAUAGAAAUAGAAACAGAUAAGAAAUAUGUUAUAAUAAGAAAUAUUCAUGAUCAUAAUAUUAAAAUUAGAAGUAAUAUUAAUAGUGAUGUUACAAUAGAAAAUUGUAAAAAAUUCAGAUUUGAAGGAGAAUAUGAAGAAUAUGGAAAUAUCAAACUCAUUAAUUGUAUGGGUAAUGAUACUCCAUUUAUUGGUGAAAAAACUACAUCAAGAAUUGGAUGUGCUGAAUCAGUAAUGAUUAACAAAUUUGAGAAUAACUAUUUUAAAAUUGGUAAAAUUAAAAAAUCAUUAGAAGUUAUUGAUAGUCAAGUAGGUAUUGGUGUAUCAUCAAUUGAUGAUAACAAUAUCAUUGACAAAGUGCAUAUUGAAAAUACUAAAUUAUAUGGAACUGUAUCAAUUGUACCAUGUAACAAAGUCUGUAUAAUUAACAGUACUGAAACUUAUAGUAUCAUUCAACGAUGUAAAGAAGAACUUGUAUUGAAAAGAAUGAAUGACAUUAGAAUUAAAUUAAGUGAAUCUUUGAAGAAGCUUGAAAUGGAAGAGUGUGAUCUAAUUGAUAUUGAUAAUGACAUGAAAGGAAAAGAAGUUAAAAUGGUAAGAUGUCAUGAUAUAAAGAUAGUUGAUACAUCAAAUUCAAUCAACCAGAUUGACUGUGAUAAUGUUGAAGUAAUAACAGAACAACAAAAUGAAAUGAUGGGAGGAUUUGGAAUGAUGAGAGGAUUUAUUCCUAAUAACAUGCCAAUGGGAGGUUUUGGUGGUGGAUUCAAUCGUUAA